AUUCACUUCUGGUUCAGGCUUUCUGCAUGCUUCGCCUCGCUCUCUCUCUCUGUCUCUCUCUCUCUCCCCCUCGACUUCGUCGCUGGCAAUGCUCUAUAAAUUAGAUUCUCCGUCCUCGUUCGAUUCUCUGUUUUUAUUAGAAGAUUGACAUCUUUUAUGCAUUUUCUCAUCAUUAACGAGCAUCACUUUUCAAAUCUCGCUCAACAAAGUAAGCAAAUUAGCAUCUGCUAAAGUUGCGUUGUUGAUUUGGGAUCAUUGAGCGAUAAAAACAUAAUGUGGAAGCUGAAGGUCGCGGAGGGAGGGAGUCCGUGGCUGCGGACGGUGAACGAUCAUGUCGGUCGACAGGUUUGGGAGUUCGAUCCUAAGCUCGGAUCGCCCGAGGAUCUGGCCGAGAUCGAGAGAGCUCGUGAAAACUUCUUCCGGAAUCGUUUCGAGAAAAAGCACAGCUCAGAUCUACUCAUGCGUAUUCAGCUUGCCAAAGAGAACCCACAUGGUGCCAUUCUACCCCAAGUCAAGGUAAAAGAAAUAGAAGAUAUUACGGAGGAAAUGGUGACAAGGACAUUAAGAAGGGCUGUAAGUUUCCAUUCAACAAUCCAAGCCCACGAUGGACAUUGGCCAGGUGACUAUGGUGGUCCUAUGUUUCUUAUGCCUGGCUUGGUAAUCACUCUGUCCAUCACUGGAGCGCUAAAUGCAGUUUUAUCUGCAGAACAUAAAAAGGAAAUGUGUCGUUACCUCUACAAUCAUCAGAACAGAGAUGGUGGGUGGGGAUUACACAUCGAGGGACCAAGUACCAUGUUUGGCACUGUCUUAAACUAUGUUACAUUAAGGUUGCUUGGUGAAGGACCUAAUGAUGGAGAAGGAACGAUUGAGAGAGGACGUAAAUGGAUUCUGGACCAUGGUGGUGCUACUGCAAUAACAUCGUGGGGAAAGAUGUGGCUUUCAGUGCUUGGAGCAUUUGAAUGGUCUGGCAAUAAUCCCCUUCCCCCAGAGAUUUGGCUUCUUCCUUACAUGCUUCCUCUCCAUCCAGGAAGGAUGUGGUGUCACUGUAGGAUGGUCUAUUUGCCAAUGUCUUACCUAUAUGGGAAGAGAUUUGUUGGUCCAAUCACGCCAACUGUUUUGUCCUUGAGGAAGGAGCUUUAUACCGUUCCAUAUCAUGAAAUAGAUUGGAAUCAAGCGCGCAAUCUAUGUGCAAAGGAAGAUUUGUACUACCCACAUCCGCUGGUGCAGGAUAUACUCUGGGCAUCUCUUCACAAGCUUGUGGAACCAGUUUUAUUGCACUGGCCUGGAAAAAAAUUGAGAGAAAAGGCUCUUUGCACCGCGAUCGAGCACAUACACUACGAAGAUGAGAAUACUCGUUAUCUUUGCAUAGGACCUGUAAAUAAGGUGUUAAAUAUGCUCUGUUGUUGGGUGGAAGAUCCAAAUUCAGAGGCUUUUAAGAUGCAUCUUCCAAGACUAUACGACUAUUUUUGGAUAGCUGAAGAUGGCAUGAAAAUACAGGGUUAUAAUGGAAGUCAAUUGUGGGAUACUGCUUUUGCUGUUCAAGCAAUUAUUUCAACCAACCUUUUUGAAGAGUAUGGUAAAGCUCUUGAAAAAGCACAUAUGUACAUAAAAAAAUCGCAGGUUCUAGAAGAUUGUCCAGGUGAUCUUGAUUUUUGGUAUCGCCAUAUAUCCAAAGGCGCUUGGCCUUUCUCAUCAGCUGAUCAUGGAUGGCCCAUCUCAGACUGCACAGCAGAAGGAUUGAAAGCUGCUCUUUUAUUAUCUAAAAUCUCCCCAGCCAUUGUUGGUGAACCAUUAGAUGCAAAGCAAUUUUAUGAUGCUGUAAACGUCAUUCUCUCAUUACAGAAUGCGGAUGGUGGCUUUGCGACGUAUGAGCUCACAAGAUCCUAUAGUUGGUUAGAGUUGAUCAACCCCGCAGAGACCUUUGGGGACAUUGUAAUUGAUUAUCCAUAUGUGGAGUGUACCUCGGCAGCAAUUCAAGCUUUGGUAUCAUUUAAGAAAUCAUAUCCCAAGCAUCGGCAAGAAGAAAUAGAGCUGUGUAUCAAAAAGGCUGUUACGUUCCUUGAAAAGAUACAAGCAUCAGAUGGUUCAUGGUAUGGUUCUUGGGGUGUUUGCUUCACCUAUGGUACAUGGUUUGGAGUGAAAGGGCUGGUAGCUGCUGGAAAAAACUUCAAUAAUUGCUCCAGCAUUCGUAAAGCUUGUGAUUUUCUUCUGUCUAAGCAGCUUCCUUCAGGUGGCUGGGGAGAGAGUUAUCUUUCAUGUCAAAACAAGGUGUAUACGAAUUUAGAGGGCAACCGAUCUCAUGUUGUAAAUACCGGAUGGGCUAUGUUGGCACUUAUAGAUGCUGGACAGGAUGAGAGAGACCCAACACCGCUGCACCGCGGAGCUAGGGUUUUGAUAAAUUCUCAAAUGGAGAAUGGAGACUUUCCUCAAGAGGAAAUCAUGGGGGUCUUCAACAGGAAUUGUAUGAUCACCUAUGCCGCCUACCGGAACAUUUUUCCUAUUUGGGCAUUGGGCGAAUACCGCAGUCGGGUACUGCAGGCUCCCUAAAC